AUGAAGCUAGCAGCAAAGGACCUUAGCUGGACCAGGGUCAUCGGCAUAUUCCGAUGGCUAGGAGGUCAGCUGAAACCGGGUGGUGUGAGCCGUAAGGGGUUGAGGAAUCGUGGUAUUGGUAGACAUGGUGUGAGCCCUGAGCAGAUGGAGAAGGCCCUUUUGAAGGGAGUAUCAGCUGCCGUACAAGGGAUAUCCCAGCGAGAUGAUCUGUCGGAGAAGAUCGGCAACCUCAAGUCCACAGUACUACCAAUGCUUAGGCGUUUAGUGUAUACCAAACAGAAGGUUGAGGAUGAAGCCGGAGCCGUUGGUAAUGAGAAGCAAGCACAUCAUGGUCGUGGGGGGCAGCAGGAUGUUUUUGUUACCAUCCGUGUGAGCAUGGUAUCAGCUAUGUUAGAGGUCCUUAGUCUGAUGGAUGCUGACGUAUUCGGAAGUGAGUUUAACAAGCUCACUGGUGUUGUGGUUGGAGGCUUACUCUCAAGGGAGUUGGAGGAUAGGAGGAAGGCUCGGGAUGCCCUAUCUCGCAUGGCAGCAGCUGCUACCAGUCUUAAGCAGAUUACCUUCAUGCUUAGGACGAUCCGUACAAGAAUGUCCCGAGGUGGUUAUCAGACUCCUGUUGCUGUAUUCACGGCCAGUAAGAUAAUAGAUUCGGCUACAUUGAAGGAUGAGGAGGGUGUAGAAGCCUUCUUGAAGGAGGUUAUGGGCAUGUAUGGUAUGGAGGAAGCUAGAUGGUUGUCAAUGCAAGGUAGGGCUGAGUCUACUCAAGGGACUGAGGAGAACCCUAUGUUGGCAAAACAAGUCUCGGAAGCAGCUAGACCAAAGGCCAAUGCCAUUCUUGAGGCUGUAGGCAAAGCUAUGCCCAUCGAGAAGGUAUUGGAUGGCCUUAUGAAACCUCUCUAUGGUCGCCUUAUCGGUACCGAGCUGGAUGAUGUCCGAGAGGGAGCAUGGUCUAGCCAACACGCUGGUGGUGUUGGUGGGGCUAGGUUUGCCCGUCGAGUUCGGACCUCUAUGUUGCAACUAACUACUGGUAUCCUAGCCUCUCACUCUCCUAUACAGCAAUGUCAGCGUAUACUCACACGUGCAGUUAGUGUGCUAGAGGAUAAGUGUAGCUUCGAGGAGGUAGAUCUCUUCUCCGCUAAUGCUGCUAUCAUAGACCCUGCUACCUCUGGAGAAGGGGUUAGCAAGGGUACUAGGAAAAGCAGGAAAGAGGAGGCUGUCACUGUCCUACCGGGUGCAGCCACUGGACGGGGUGCCUGGGUAGCUGAGGAAUGGAAGAAGGGCAGUGGUGCAUCCACACGACGUUAUGAUAAUACUAUACGGGGGAGUGCAGCAGCUGAAGUGGGUCUCAAGCUUUUAGAAGGUCUCUUAAAGAAGG